GAACUCAAGCAGUAUUCAUUUCAAGCAAUGUAAGAAGAGCUGGAACACGAGGAGUCACGUGACGACUGAUGCCAUCACGCAUGCGCAGCGAGGCGUGUGCGCUCAGGGAGUUGCGCGAGCAUCGAUACACCUGUGCUGCUCACCGCAAGACAAAAUGUCAGGAUUCGAUAACAACCCCUUUGCCGCACCAGUUGAUGUCAAUCCUUUUCAGGAUCCAUCAGUUACUCAGGUGACCAACACUGCAGCUGAAAGCAUUGGAGAGUUUAACCCAUUUACAGCUGGUGCUCUGGAUGAGCGCACCAUUCCCAUAUCAGGCACCUCUCAGCCAGCUGUCCUGCAGACCACAGUGGAGCCCAGUCCUCAGGCCAGUGUCGCUGCAGGACAGGCUGAGCUCCUCCGUCAGCAAGCGGAGCUGGAGAAGAAGGCUGCUGAGCUGGAGCGUAAAGAGCAGGAGCUUCGGGAUCGAAACACAGCACUAGGUAAAGAAAACAACUGGCCACCCUUGCCCAAGUUUUUCCCCAUAAAACCUUGCUUCUAUCAGGAUUUUAAUGAAGAAAUUCCUGUGGAAUAUCAGAGGGUUUGUAAGAUGAUGUACUACCUCUGGAUGUAUCACAGUGUGACACUGUUUCUGAACCUGCUGGCCUGUCUGGUGUAUUUCACUGUCUCUAUUCAGAAUGGAGUGGACUUCGGACUCUCAAUCCUUUGGUUUAUUUUGUUCACUCCUGUAGCUUUCCUCUGCUGGUACAGACCUGUAUACAAAGCCUUUAAAUCUGACAGCUCCUUCAGUUUCUUCUUUUUCUUCUUUAUUUUCUCAUUCCAAGUAAUAGUGUACAUCAUUCAGAGUGUGGGGAUCCCCGGCUGGGGAAACAGUGGCUGGAUCACGGCCAUCUCUGUGCUCAAGAUUAACAUAGCCGUGUCAGUCUUCAUGAUGGUGGUGGCUGGAUUCUUCAGUGUCAAUGCUGUGCUGUCCAUUAUCUUACUGAAAAUGGUUCACUCCAUGUAUAGACACACAGGUGCAAGCUUGAAGAAGGCGCAGGAAGAGUUUUCUCAGGGGGUCGUCACUAACCAAACCUUCCAGUCUGCUGCAACCACAGCUGCAUCUUCAGCCAUGCAGGGAGCCUUUCAGUAACAGCCACAGAUAAUGUUACAAACUGUCAUCAAGUUCUGCACAUGAACCUCCAUCAAACAACCCAAACCUCUUAUGGAAGGACAAUUUGUUUUUGAGGCUUCUUAAAGCUAAGGUUUUUUUUUUUUUUUUCCUGCUGCAAUACAUUCAUUUGUUUACUGAAAGUUACGUGGCUGUUGAUCGGUGAGGCACUUUAGAUGAAAACAUGGGUUCUGUGAGAGUACAGGUUGUAUUUUCUUCCUGUAUUCCUCGUGUAAUGAAGGCAAUAUUUAGAGAUGGUUUUAAGAAUAAGUUAUGUUAAGUUAAAGUGUUUCUGAGGCACUAUUUAAAUGGUUUAUAUAAUGUUACAACAUUGUUACAAUAUAGUUCAAAUUCCAGUCAAUCUAAAUGGUACUGUCUAGUUUUGUCCCUGCUAUAUGUACUUUGAUACCUUUUGUGAAAUGUAUUGUUACAUGUUGAAUUAUUCUAGAGUUCGAUUUUGUCUUUAUACCCCAACUCAAAUAAUUGCAUGUCAGCUGAUGUCUCAGUAUUGGUUUUACAGCAUGUGAACAGCCAUUCCCAAACAAAAAAUGUACAUUUACUUAGUCUUUAGAGUGAACCGUAGUACUGCUGUGAAAAAGUGCUGUUAUCUGUUUGUUGCAGUCUUGUUACAUUCUCAAACUGAAGUGAUUUUGCAGUGUUCUCAAUUACGAACAAAAUAUGUAUAUAUUUAUAAAUUAAUCAGAUCUUAUUUUACUGUGGUUAACUUGGGUGGGCUGCUCAAAUAUUUUAUGAGUUAUUGUUAAAUAAACUUACUCUGAUUAA